AUGAUAGUAUUUCCCAAUGCACCAAUAUUCAUUUUAUUUUUUCUUUUAAUUUUAAGUGAAAAUAUAAAUUGUAUUAACAAAAAUGAAAACAUCACCCAAUUAAAACAUAUGAUAGAUAAUAAAGUGCUACAUGAUGAUUUAUUAGAAUUAGAAAGACUAAUACUACAAUCAUUAGAAUUAGAUGAGUUAAAACUGCCUAUAUUAAAACCAGAAACUACAAAAUAUAUUAAUUUAUCUAAUUUUGAAAAAAUAGAAAUAGUAAUUAAUAAUGAUGAAACUUAUAAUUAUAUUAUACCUACAUUUAAAGCUAAUGCUGAAGAUUUAAUAAAAUAUGAACAUAUUACAAAACAACAACUUAUAGAAUCUCAUAAUUCUGAAAACUCUGUUUUCAUUAAAAGAAAAAAUGUAAUUUUGAGAACUUUAAGAAUAGUAAAAUUUAUGUUGACACCAAUGGAGGCUUAUAAAAAUACACAACAGUUAAAAGAUUCAUUAAUUGCAUUAAAUAAUAUUUUCAGAGAUCCAAAUGAAGAAAUGGAAGAAUCAUCUACUUCAUGCAUGUAUGAAUUUAAAAGAAUUUUUUUAUUCAAAAAAAUGAGAAAAAAAAAAAGAUUAAAAAUGUUUCCACGUAAAACACUAGACGAUAACAAAGAAGAUAUACUUAAUUCUAAGGAUUUAUUUUUUACAACUCAUCCGAAUAUUGAUUAUAUGAUAAAAUUAGACAAGUUAUCUAAUUAUUAUAACUUAGGGUUAUUUAAUUUAGUUGGUUCUAAUCUUAUAGCGCUGGGACAUUUUAUUGUCUUAAGAUUAGCUCUUAAGGAAUUUCAUAAAUAUUUUGAAACGAUGGAAUUGAAAUUUUUUAGCUGGCAAAAAAUUUUAAAUUUUAAUAUGUCAGAUAGAUUUAAAGCAAUAGAUUUAAUGUGUAGUUCAGGAAUAACUUACGAAGCAGAAACAAAAAGAAGAAAACAAUAUUUAAAGGUUAGUAGAAGAUCAUCACCUGAAGAAUGUAAUAUAUUAGAACUUAUAAUUCAUUAUUUAAAUAAAUAUCAAAUGGAAUUAAUUACCAGCGCAUAUCAAGUUAAUUUAAAAAUUCAUGCUUUACUAGAGCAUAGUCAUAUAAAAGAAGAAUUUUUCAAAUUUAUGUGUGAUAAUAAUAACAUUAAUUGUAAUAUAUACGAUAGCCAUAAAUUUACAAGUGAAUAUUAUAAAAAGAUUCCUUCAGAAAGUGACAUUUCUGAAAGUCCAUUAAUAAAUCCAUACAAUAUAUAUGUAAAUUUUUUGUAUUUUAUAAAACGUUAUAAUUAUUUUAGUCACAAAAAUAUUUUGUAUGUUCACUUUUUAAACCUAACUGGAAUCUUAAAUUUUGAGAGUAAGGCUUUUGUUAGCUCCCUAUAUCUACCAGGAUAUUUUAAUGCUAUUGAAUUAUCCUUUGACGAAAAAUCUAAGAUCAUGGAACUAUAUGAUUAUUUGUUAGAAUGUGUAGAAUUAUGCCACAAAAAAGAUAAGAAAUAUAAAAUAUUAUCAUACGAUAUUGACUUAUUAUUAAAGGAUGAAAAAAGUCAUUCACCAAAAUGUAAUAUGUGUCAAGGAACACUAUUUUAUAUCAAUAGUAAAAGUGAGGAAAAUGUUUCUAUGUUUCAAAAAUUUUAUACUUAUGUUACGGAAGUUGUUAAAGUAAAUAAUAUAAGUUCGCUAAUAAAAGAUAUGAACGUUUAUGAAGAUUAUGAUAAUUUUUUAACUAACGAUAUAAAUUGGUAUACUUUUUUACUAUUAUUUAGGUUUAGCACUUAUAAAGAAAUUGCUCAUAAAAACUUAGCUGAAGCUAUGUAUCUAAAUUUAAAAAAAGAAGAUAAAUUUAAAAGGACUAUUACUACAAGUUAUUGGUUUCCUUCCCCAAUAAAGAAAGCUUAUUCCUUAUAUGUCAGAAAGAAUAAAUCUAUGAAUUUAGUAGAGAAGUUAGAAGGAUUAUUAAGUAGUGGAGCUAUAGAGAAAAUGAAAAAAUGUAUACAAUUUGUCGUCCAUGUAAAUUCUUUUCUACAGUUAGAUUUUUUUUAUUACCUUAAUGAACCUCCCCUUGGAGAACAGCGUAUAUAUCCUUUGUCUAUGAUGCUUGAACAUAAAUUUAAAGAGUGGCAUGAUAAUUCCUCAAUGGGUUAUUUUUUUUUAAACUAUGAAGAUGAGGAUAUGAGAAAACAAAUAAAAGAGAAAAUAAGGAAUGGACAGAUUGUAAUACCCAAAUAUAGCAAAUGGAUCCUUAUCUUAAAAAAAUAUAUUGAGAAAUCAUAUGAAUCAUAUUUUAAUCAAAGAAAUGUAAAAAAUUUAUAUAAAUAUCACAAUGAUUAUAAUUCAAAUAGUAAGAUAAUGUUAAUGAAAGACUCAUAUGAUUUAUAUUCGAAAAAAUAUGAAGAUAUAAUUUUUUUUGCAGACAUAUUUAAUUUAAGAAAAUAUCUAACAGCUACUCCUCGAGCAAAAAAAAGAAGAGAUAAAUUGUAUUAUUAUAUAAAUACCAUUGCUGGUAAUACUAUUAAUCUUUAUAAAUACGGUAUUAUGUAUGGAUUUACGAUAAAUAAAAUAUAUUUGAAGGAAAUGACAGAUGAAUUAUUUGCAAUUUAUAAGAUGAAUAUAGAUACAUUUUCAGAUAUUUCUUUUUUGCAAACAGUUUAUUUACUUUUUAAAAAAAUUGAAAAUAGUUAUAAUGAGCAUAGGAGAAACGAUAAAAUGAGUAUGAAUAAUGUAUUUUUUUUUAAUGUUAGAAGAGAUUAUUCUAAAUUGAACAAGCAGGAAAGAGAAGAAGAGAUCAAUGCUUCUAUGGCAUCUAAAUAUUUUUCAAAAACAUUAUUUUCUGUUUUCCAAAUGAUGUUUUCUGUAAAAUUAAGUAACAACGCUGAAUAUCUUGAUAGAAAAUAUGGAACUGAUAGUAUGAUUGGAUUAACAGUACAUGAACAACCAUUUUAUAGUUUAGCGUAUGCAUAUUAUGGUAGUUUGAUGGACAAUUUAACAAAUAGUCUUUUGCCUAUAUAUGCAAAAAAACCAAUAACUCAAUUAAAGUAUGGAAAAACAUUUAUUUUCUCUAAUUUAUACAAAUUGUGUUAUCAUAUAUAUUCAAUACUAAAUUUGAAUAAUUUAAGUCUUUUAUGUGAAAAUCAAGCUAUAACUAGUUCUAACUAUUAUUCAUCUAAGAAGUUAGCUCAAUUUAUAGAUAGAAAAUUUAUACCUAUUGUUGCUACUUUUUUUGUGCUUAGAGUUAAUACUGUUAUAGAAGAGGCAAAAACUACACCAAAACCAUACUUAGAUCAAUUUCUUUGGCCAACUAGUGCCGUACCUAUUACCUUUUUAAGUAUAUAUAUGGCUACUAAUACGUAUCUUGGAAAUGAUAGAUUUUUUCCUUCAGGAUUUAAUGAAUACUUAAGAGGGCAAACGGAACAUGUUGCACACCCACGGCCCACUCCUAAACCAUCUGUUCACUCAAUUACCAAGAAAACAAUGAUUGGAGUAAUUAACGGUGUAGCUAUUACCGUAUUUAUGCAUCACUUUAUGAGAUGGUUUGCUUUUUAUGAAAACUUUGUUUAUGUAUUUGUAAAUAAUGUCCGUGUAUUUGAAAGAUUUUUUAAAGCAAUUGAAUAUCAUAUUGGAAAUUUUAUAAGAUCAAAUUUUAAAAGAUUGACUACUGAUGCUUUAUUAAAUUCAAUGGAACGCGCUUAUAGAGCUAUAAAAAAUAAAGGCUAUCACAAGGAAGCUAUGGAAGCUAGACUUUCUGCUAAAAAAGUUAAUAAACGAUCAAUAUUAGGAAACUUUGAAGAAAAUGUAGCUUCUCUAACACCACAAGAUAUUGAAACCUUGUUAAAAGAUGAAAACUUUUUAUAUGUAGAUGAUAGUUCUUUCUUUGAGGAAUCAGAUGAAAGUGAGAGUUUUCUAAAUGAGAGAAAAACUGUAUGUUAUAGAGAAACAGAUAGAAAUAAUUUAAAUUUAAUACCUUAUACACGCUGGACACAAAGAGAAGCAAGUGAUGAUUCUACUGAUGCCACAAGUUCAAAAUAUGAAAAACAAAAAAAAAAAAAGAAAGUUAAAAAAAAAAGGAAAAAUAUAGAUGAAAAAAGUCUAAGUGAAACAGAAGAUAAUCAAAUUGAUGAAAUAAUGAUGAUUUCAAGAAGAGCUAGUAGUGAAUCAGAAUAUAUUGAUUAUGACCGCUCUAGUACAUAUUGUACUAAAAUAUAA